CGUGUUUGCUAUUAGCUAGGAUAUUAAACUGAGGAAAUAUGGCAGAACAACAAUUGGACAGUAAAAACCAUAAAAGGAAGGUUGCCUUUGGUAUUGACGAAAGUGAACAUUCAGAACAGGCACUUCAAUGGUACUUUGACAACGUGAUGCGGCCAGAUGACUAUGUCGUGCUUAUACACACUCCAGAACUGUAUGAUUUCUCCAUGGCCAGCCCGGUUGUUGUUGAUCAGCUACUGAAGGAGCUAACAAAGAAAGUGACAGCUCUAGAGAACAAGUACAAGGAAAUUGUACAGAAAAGUAAGCUGACAGGCAAGUUCCGGACUGGUCAAGGGAAGCCAGGCGAGGUUGUUUGCAAAAUCGCAGAGGAAGAGAAGUGUGAGCUCGUGGUCACCGGCACGCGUGGAUUCGGAACAGUCCGGAGAACAUUGCUCGGCUCCGUCAGCGAUUACAUCAUCCACCACUCGCACGUGCCCGUUCUCGUUGUUAGGACUAGCACCCUUCACCGAUAGUGCCCGUUCGUCUUUUGAGUGUAUGUUUAUGGAAAGGUUGUGUGUGACUUACGGUUGUUUGUAAAUUGACAUAAAAUGGACAAAAGGCAACACUAUAAUCCUUUCAUUAUACAAAAGGUUGACUGGUCCAUGUAUUCCCACUUUCAAAUUAUAUAACACACAAGGGGUUAUGAAAUUUUUGUUUUAUGUUGAUCUUGCGCCAUGAUUGAAUUAGGGUCACAUCAAAUAACCAAUGGUAUACGACAUUACAAUUAUGUUUUACAAAUGUAUGUAGUUGAUAACAAAACAUUCUCAGCUACAGAAAGUAUUAGCAAUUUUAAAUCGUGAAGGUUAACUCAUCAGAAAUUAAAUUUGAAGACUGAUCUUUUGUUUCUUGUGCCAAUUCUGUGUGCACAAAGGGGGGCACACUUGUCAAUUUCACAUGAAGCGCUAUCAUGAACAAGUUAAAUCCAUAAACCUUGCCUUAAUUAAUUCAGUAUUGAGGACAUCCAUAGUUGAGCACUUCCAUAAAAUCAUAAAGGCGUUUAUAUAUGUAUGACUGUUGUUAAAUCUUUACUCAUGACAUUAUUUCUUAAGGUCUGAUUACUAUCACUGAUCGAUGUGUAUUGUCUGACAUUAGUGAUAUUAUAUCUCAGUCGGACCUAUAGUUCUGGUGUGGUUUGUCUACCUAACAGUUUAUAGGUGUAUGUUCAUUUUAUUGAUUAAGGACCUUCAACAGUUUUCAGUCGCUUAAACGACCAAAACAUAAAACAAAUCAUAGUUUUUGUUUGAGGUUUAAUAAAGCAUGGACAAAACAAAGAUAUGUUGCAACAGAAUUAGGUGUAAUUAAAAGUUGAUUAGAUUUUACGAGAAUUAAUACCGAUUUACAAAAUGUAUAUGUUUUUGUGUAAAAAUAGUCGAGAGAACAAAUUCAAUAUUGCCAUGUGGCUUUGUGGUAAUUGUAUCCAUUUUAAGAAUUAGAUUUGCACUUUGUAGCCAGGAAAUGAAUUUUAAUCAAUAUGUUUCACUAAAAUAUUGAAUGUCUUUCUUAUUGGAAGAUAUAUAACCCGGAAAUCUUAUCACAUUGUUAAUUGUGAAAUAAAAUGUAAAUGGCUUUUGAUAAAAACUCAGAUAAAACCUUGUGUUGUCAGAUUUGCUUAACUACUGUUUAUCCCAAAGCAUGUUGCAAAGGAUGUAUGUUUUUCAUGGUUUUAUCUUUGGUAAUUAGUUAAUAAUAUAUAUGCAAAAAGCUACAGAAACAUGCUCAGUAGCAAAAUGUUUAAACAUAAACCCGAAAUUGAAGUUAUUGUCAAUAACUUGAAAAUUGAAGGGUAUUUUUUCUGUUAUAUUCUUAACCGUGAGACACCUUUCGUGCUCUAUUUUCUUUACAAUUUAGGGUUAUUUGUUGGCAAAUUUUCAAAUGUUUACUGUUUGCAUAACGAAUGGUUGUGUUAAAGUUUAAAGUAUAAUUAACGAAUUGAAUUUCUCAUGUAUCAUGUUGCAUUAUAUGUAUAAUAUAUAUUUAGUGUAUACAAGUAUUUACAU